GUAAGUGAUGCUUUGUCAUACCUCGCGAGCUCUGAGGUAAAUAUAGACGUUGGGUCCCCGAUUCAUUGACGACAGCUAGCUUCGGUAGCUAAUGUGUGGCGUUAGCUGCCUAGCUCCACAUAAGCAGCCGCUUGCUCUGUUGCAAUGCGUAUACAAUCCAAAACAAAUCCACAUAUUUGGCCGGCUGCUAACUGUGUUUCUGCCAAGGAGCUUUGGUGGUCAUGAGAAGGGCUGAGCUGGGCUAGUGUGCGCAUUGUUGUUGGUGUUUCAUCAUUGCUAGACUGGUACAGUCAAGAGGUGGGGUGUGGAUGACCAGAUCCAAUGCGUCGGUUCUGCAAAAAAAAAAACCCUCCACAGACUCACACGUAGCUUCAUCUGGAUGGUGACAACAUGUGCUGCGACUUCGUGUAACAAUGCAUAACUCCCCUCUUUUCCAGUACCUGCACGAUCUAGGGCACACAGACUUUGAGGCAUGUCCAACUGCAUCACAGGAGGAGGAAUAUGGCGGUCAAGAGGGAGACCUCACCUCUCCUGACGAAGAUACACAGAAAACAGGAGGACGCUUGUGGAGACUGGUGAAAGCCUUGUGGCGAUGGAGUCCGAUUCACCAGGCGGCUGCAUCUCGUAAGCUGGGGCAGCAGCUGGACUGUGUGUUCGGCCAAUACUCGGUGAGGUGCAUUCUGGACCAGGACGUGCUGCUGCAGGAGGAUGUCGAGCUGAUCGAGCUGUUAGACCCGAGUGUGCUCACCCUCGGUUCGUCGCCGUCUGGCUCAUCCAGCCGAGCGAGCACCCUGCCCAGACCAAGCCUCAUUGCCAGGCCGUCUAUGUGGGACAUGGCGGGGCUGGUUGGCCUGGCUGCAGUGCUACUGAGUCUUUGCUCCGCAUCGGAGGGCCUGUGGUCGCUGGCUGUAGCCCCGUGGGGCCUGGUGCUGCUGGGCUGGUUUGGGCUGAGGGGGGUCAUGCUGUGGAGACAGGGUCGCAUGCAGAGGGCCGUACACGCUCGGACCACGCAGCUCCAGACUCUGGUCCACAACAGCAAGACCCUGACCGGACUGUCUCGCAAAGCCCUGCGCCUGGUGCAGGAGACAGAGGUCAUCUCCAGAGGGUUCACCCUUUUGCUCGACAGGGUGAGUGCGGCCGGCUCCUUUAGCAGGGCGGGGCCAGGGGCGAUGCCACGAGGUCAGCAGCUGAUCGGACUGAGGAAGGCCCUGUACCGGUCGCUCCGCACGGCUUUCAGAGCCUCACGCAGAGCCACCUGUCACAUGCUCAAGGCGUUUCCUCUGAACUCUGAGAUCGAUAAUGUGACCAACUAUGUGUCUGCGGUGCCUCUGAAGGAGCUGGGGCUCGGCCUGGGCAUUGAGCACCUGGGUGACGAGCAGGCUCAGGAGUUGACAGAUGACUACAGCCUGCCUGCACUGAAGAUGCUGUUCCAGCUGUGGGUGGGACAAAGCUCUGAAUGUUUCCGUCGACUGGCUCUUCUCCUGUCACCCAGAAGAAUAGAAGAGCCAGAAGAGGGCGGACCCAAAGGAGACACCUCCCCUCCCCCUCUGCACCGGUCCAUCGCAGCAGUGACCGAGCCCCUCCACCACGCUCUGGGCAGCUGCCUUGGCGAAGUGCAGCGCAGCUAUGACUUCCACCGGCACUUUGAGUCACAGCUGAGGACGACGGGCUCUGACAGGACAGUGAGAGCCAGGGAGAAGUGCCGAGACCUCAACACCUUGCACACCUCCAUCCGAAGCCUGCAGCUGCACCUCAAAGCCCUGCUUAGCGAGAUGAUCAUCCUAGAGGACGACUUGGAGAAACUGAUGGUGUCCAAGGAACCGACAGAGUUGACGUUUGAAGGCUACCAGGACCUCAGUGACCGACUGCACCAGCUGCAUCCUCACAUGCAGGCCAGCACCGGCUGCUGGGAGGACACCAUCACCCAGGUGGAGCGCAUGCUGAGACGGGCCAACGCCUGCCCAGGAAAUGCUGAGUGUCUAGAGCAGUGUGGCCCCCCUCUACCCGAGGUUCCUGCUCCUCCUCCAUCCUACCCGUUGAUCCUGGACAGAGACCCUGUGCCAGAAGAGCUGGAGUGGGAGGCCUACGUGUCCGACUCAGACUCUGACGGUGAAGGCAGAGGGUCUUGGUCCGACAUGUUGUCACUGGAGGAACGGGAGAGGCAGCGCCGGGAGAGGGAGGAGUCCCGCCGUGUCCUGUCAGAGCUCAAAUCUGUGCUGGGUUUCCGUGCAUCAGAGGGGGAGAGGAUGAAGAGGAAGCAGCUGCUCUUCAACGACCAAGCUGCUGUGACGCCUUUAGCACACAGUGAGAGUUCAGAUCCUGCCACAAAGCCGACUUCUCUGGGAUCGGUAGAAGCUGGCAAAGAGGAAGGAAACCACCUUUCAGAGUGCCCUGCAGGAAAUGAAGGGGAAGGAAGAGACGACAGGGUGAGGCCUGAACCCUCCACAGAACCGGUGAUGGAGUUCAGCUGUGGCUUGGAGGCAAAGGAAGGAGAGUUGGGAGGAACUUCAGCGUGUACGAGAGGAGGAGGAGGAGCGUCGGAGCUGCACCAAUACGACGGUGUCCUGGAGGAGGCAGAGAACCAGAACGGUCUGGACUGCUUCCUGGUGCCUAAAAUCCCUGCUGUCUCCGUGAUGGACAGACUGACGGAGAUUCACGGCUCAGAGGCUCUGAGCUUCAGCUCCGCCCUCGCCGCUCAGGUGGCGGCGCGCUCGCAAUCGCUCAUCAACAUGGAGGAGCAGACGUUCGGAGAUGAGGAGGAGGAGGAGGAGGAUGAAGAGGAAAGCGACAGACGAACCCCUAAGAAGGACUGAUAUUAAACCUCGCUGCUUUAACCAAGCAUUGAGCAGAGACUGUAUUUAUGUCUGAUUGUCUGGAUGGCUUUUAUUGCUGUGGUCUGUGUUACAUCUUAACUGUUUCUGGUGUUGAGGUAUUUCAAAUUUACGCCACUCUUUAUUACCCGUCCGUCCAUGUUACAUUACCCACAAUUCUUACUGCUCUUUUGCUGUUAAAACUCAGGUACCAGAACCACUAAAACACAACAUGACCUGACAGUGUUAAGGUCAGAAGGCCAGAAUGUCUACACUUUACUUGGUUCAUCCACAUAGUGUAUAUUGCUCACAGUCAUUAAAGAAACACGUGAUUGGCUCCAAUACAUAAAAACCAUGUACGUUUUCUCCUGAGACCCUGUAAUCAAAGCACUCCAAUCUGAGUUACUGUCAGGAACUGUUGGGCUGGAGGAGACGAACAGUUGAGAGCAUUUUUCUGAGAUACAGCGGUACUUCUUUGUGUUCAGACAGAAAGCAAAGAUAGCCCUGCCGACAAAUUCAAGUUUAUCCCAGGACUUAAUGAAACAGAGAGAGGCUGGAGGGAAACCGGAGUUGCACAAACAGCUCCCGAUCCGAUACUGAAAUCUGAUAUCGGCCCGAUACGGAGUCAAAUAUCUGGAUCAGGUAACCGCGACAAGGGAGCCGAUCUAUUCGGUUCACUUACGUUGAUGCACCACCAGUGUCGGUAAACCUGAGCUAACAGCAUGGAGGGAGCUAAAAACAAGGGGUCAGCAGUUUGGAGGCAUUUGACGCUUGUUCACGCUUGAUGUUGCCUUACAAAUAAAAUGAUUCCCAGUCUCUUUCUCACA